GGGGAGGAGGAGGGGGAGGCAGAAUGGACCCCGAGACGCAGAAGUUCUUCAAGCGGUUGCGGGAGGAAGACAAAAGCAACAACAAGUGUUUUGACUGCGGUGAGUGAUCUGAUCAACGACAGGCAGUCAGCUGCACACCACACGAGAGAGUCUAGUCUUGUGUGUGGGUGCACCUCUCCUCUCCUCUCCUCAGGCGCAGCGAAUCCCCAGUGGGCGUCGGUGUCGUAUGGCACCUUCAUCUGCCUCAACUGUUCCGGCAUACACAGGUUGGCAGGAGGGAGGGAGGGAAGGAGGCAACCACCUUACCCACACACCAAGGGAAAAAGGUACCCCUCUGCUUCACUCACUGCUGUCUGUCCGUGUGGUGUGACUGUGCUGUGCCUGCAGGGGUUUGGGUGUCCAUCUGAGCUUCGUCAGAUCAACGUCCAUGGACACAUGGUCAGUCAGUCAGUCAGUCAGUCAGUCAGUCGGUGAGUCAGUCAACACACAGAAAGAGGGGUGAGAGGGGCAGACACCGGUCUGGGAUGGGAUGCUUCUGUGUGCGCACACAGGAGUGCGAAGCAGCUCAAGAUGAUGAAGAUGGGCGGCAACGCCAAACUCAAAGCUUGCUUCGAGGAACACGUAAGUGACUAAGGCUAUCUGGACUGGACACCACACCCCGCCGGGCAUGUCAUGUGGGCACACACACACACCUAUGGUAUGUAUGUCCGUUCAUCUCUCUGAAUGACAUGUGUGAUUCAAUCAAUCAACCAGGGUGUGUCCACUCUGCCCAUCAAGCAGAAGUACAACACCAAGGCGGCAGCACACUUCAGAGAGACGGUCGGUACGGUACACACCCUCACACAGACUGACUAACGCCUACACACACUGAACUUCAGUGGCGUGCGCCUGUUCGUUUUGUCAGGUGCGUGCGCUGGCUGAGGGCAAAGAGCCGCCACCGCCACUCGCCAAGGGAGAGGGGCAGGAAGAAGCUGGUACCAAGUCACACAUCUGCAGAUGGGAGCCUCUGUGUGUGUAUCUGUGCGUUGCAAUCAGUGCCUGGUUCCUCCGCCCCUCUGACCCUCGGCAGCAGUAGCAGCACCAGGACGGCCGCCAACAACCUCUACCCAUCAGCAGAAAUCAGCCAGGCCAAAGCCGACAUGUCUGGCACCAGCAGCAACCAGCCCAACAGCACCGCCAACUCAGCAGGGUACCUACGGUGCCUCUGUCUGUUCUGUGCACACACCGCUCCCUCUCUCUGUGCGCGCACCAAUGUGUUGCUGUUUGUGUCAACAAACAGGCCGUAUUCGUCAAGUUAUCACUAUGGCGGGCCGGCCACAGGCGGCGGCAGCAGCUCGAGCGGCGGUGGGGGGAUGCAGGGCUUCGGCAACCCACAUUUCCAGAAUGCCAACGGGCUGGAGGGCCAGGGGGGAGACAGGUGGGUGGGUGCGGCAACAAACACGUGCAGACAAACAGACAUGGUCGGGCCUUCAUUGCGGGGCAAUGUGUGCGUCUGUGUGUGUGUGUGUCAGGUCAGGGACGAGUUUCAAUCUCGACUCGCUGGGCGGGGGGCUCUGGUCGGCCAUGUCGGCGGCGCAAAACCUGGCAGGAAAGGUGAGUUGAGUUGAGUGGGCCAAGCGUGACGACGGACAGCUGCAUGGCUGCAAGUACGCCCUUCCAUUGGCUCUGGCCGUUGUCGGUUGUCAGGCUGUCAACAAGGUCAAGGCGACGGUGGAGAGCGCCAAGACAGAGGGCAUCCUCGAGACUGUCGGCGACACCGUCAGAACAGUAGGCCUGAAACAAACAGAACGAGACAAUGACACGCGCUACACUGCCCCUGUGUGCGUGUCGUGACGUGGCCGUCAGACGACUCACUGGGUUGGCGAGAAGGGCCGGCAGCUGACCGACACCGUGACGGACGAGCAGUUCAUCAAGACAACCACCGGCAAGAUCAGCAACACUGCAAACUGGGCCGUCGGAACCGUCAAAAAGGCACGCAACACGCACGCACACACACACAAACCACACACACGAGCAGCGGAUGGCAAACGUCGUCAUGUGUUGGUUGGUGCGGUCGGUGUGUAUCCAUCUGUCCAUGUAUGUGAUGUGUGUGUGCAGGGGAUAGGUUCGGCGAGCGACUGGUUCAGCGAGCAGCUGCACGACGGGCCGGCCGUCAGCGCCAGAGGCCAGGCGUCGGCCGACGCACUCAGAAACCUCAGCAGCGGUGAGUGUCCGUCCAUGCAGGCACAGAACAACCACCCAUUCCCUCUCACAGCCAUCUCUCUGUGUGCAUGUGUGUCAUGUGUGUGCAGGGAAGAUGCAGGGGUUCGGCCCGGAUUCGCUGCCCCCGCCGGCCUCCUCCGCGCCCCCAUCGACCUUCACGCGUGCCACCCACCGCCCCCAGACUGACCUGCUCGGCGACGACGAGGAGGGCGCGGGGAUCGUGCCCAAUGCCGCUGAUGAUAUGACGUACCGACGCACCCACACAUAGAAGGCCUCACUAGUGAGGGAGUGAGUGUGGGUGGUUGUGUGGGUGUGCAGGUCGUCAUCGGGUGGUGCUCAGCAGGUCGCCGGCAAUAGUGGUGUGGGGGAGAAAGAGCCCGCAGGGUAAAUAGGCAGAGGGAAGGACGACAGAAAGGAGCGAUUGCAUUGCGGCCUCUCAAGAUCGCGUGUGUGGUGUGGUGUGUGUGGUGUGGUGUGUAGGUGGGACAACGACGAGUGGGGCGACUUCAACCCGUCGGAAUUCAAGAAAGCGUAGGCCAUUCACACACACACACACACACACACACAAACAGGGAGGGACACACCAACCGUACGAUCAAUCAUGUGCUGUUGUUGGCCUUCAGGACGUUCGGCAAAAGAGCCUGACAUAAUUCAACAUUGAUUCAAUGUUCCAUGAUGGAUGUCUGCCGCUUCCCUCUCCGCCCACUGACACACACCCACACCCACACCCACACACACACACACACACGCACCCCGACACACUUUCGCGAUGAGCAAGAUGCCGAUUUGUCGACUGAUGCUGUGGGGGUGUGGAUACUGUGUGUGUGGCGGCUUCCAUCACCACUCGUGGCGGUCAGGUCGGUUGAUGUGCACCCUCUUAUCUAUGUCUUUAUCGACGUGAUGCACACGAUCAGUCGUUGUGUGUGGGCGUGACCGCAUCAUCAGACAGACAGACAGUAAUUCGCAGCAAAGGGGGAGGGAGGGUGGGAGAGAGGGGGCGAUCGGUGGAUUGCUAAUUGGGGGUCGUUUUGAGGCGGUUCGUUCGUGUGUGUCCAUGAUGAAUGUGUGCAGAGGAACUAUCAAUUGCGUGUGUGGGUGCGUGCCAUGCCCUGGCUCUCUCGUGUGCACAUGUGUGUGGCCGGCGAGAGACUCUGAUGGCCCUUGAUGCCACAAUGAGUGAAUGGAUGGAUCGAUCGGCU